GGAAAUAAUUGGGUAUGUGAUUGUCGCCUUUUGUGGAUCAGCGAUUGGAUGAUGGAUAACACAGCAUUAAAUACAUCAAAUUUUGACUUUGCUUGUUCUUUGCCAAUCAGGUUCAAAUCAAAACAGCUGAGCCAAUUGACUAAAGAAGAUUUAUCUUGGCCAAAAGAAGACUGUCCAUCGUAUUGUGACUGUUCGUGCCAUGCUUUCAGAGACGAGGGAUACGCAAAUGUGAAUUGCGCAUCAAAAAGUUUGACUAGGAUACCAGCUAGAUUUCCAGAAUUAACAAUUGAACUAAACCUUCAAGAAAACUUGUUGUCUAAUCCAGUCGAGAUCAACCUUCCUUCAACGUCCAAGCUACGUAUCUUGAAUUUGGAGCGAAACUUUAUCUCACGGUUGGAUUUCAGUCUUCCAAACAACAUAGAGGUUCUCUUACUGGCAGAAAACAAUAUUACAAGAUUCUUCAAUAAUCCGCCGUCUAAUGUCAAGACCUUCACUCUAUCUCGAAAUCCGUGGAGGUGUGAUUGUAAUACUCUGCCGUUUAGAAAGUGGAUCAUUGCACAAAAUUCUACGACACAAUACACGCGUACACCAAGCACUGUUAAACCUGAGAAAGUACCGGUGAACAGAGAGAGGAUGAUUCUAAUAAUAACAGUGAUCUUCAUUUUGCUGUGUUUCCGAUAUCGAUAUCAUGUAAGAGUGUGGCUCUAUUCAAGAGGAUUGAAAUGUUUGAAAAAAAGAGGCGAAAGAGAUGUUGGAAAACUGUUUGAUGCUUAUAUUUCUUUGUCCGAUGUAGACGCCUCAGAGGUUCGAAAACACUUUCUACCAGUACUGGAACUGAAGCACCCGUUCUAUAAAUUAUUUGUACCCCAGAGAGAUAUUAAAACUGGAAAUUUUGAAAUAAACAAUCUGAUGAGACGAAUGGUGGAUUGCAAAUGUACAGUCGUUUUGCUCACUAAGGACUACUUGGAAAACGAAUUUUGCACGGGGAUAUUUAGAAUGGCAUUUGCGAAUUCAUUGGAGGAUAAAUUGCAUCAGAUCAUCCUUGUGAAGUUUGGACCCCUUCCACCCCUGAAAGAGAUGGACCAGAGUCUGAAGACAGUGAUGGAAUCAUCGAGAUGUCUCAAGUUCGGAGAUAAGUUAUUCUGGGAUAUGCUUCGAUACGAAAUGUCUGAAAAACGUCCUGAUACUGCCAUUGAUUACGAACUGCAAGAAGAUAGCUCUGAUGAUGUUCCUUUAAUACAAGAGUUCUGAGUACAUAUUAUAUCUAGAAAUAAAGUGUACAUAUAUUUUAAUUUUGAUUUCCUACAACCAAAACAAAUGUCCAAGAAUCUGUAAAAAUUUAAAUUUGUUUAUUUUAUUUCAAGAAAACAUCGUAACAUAGUGUCAGUAAAAAUUAGGCUUCAACACUUAAUGCAUUCUGAGUUUUUGUAUGUGACUUUUCCGACCCAGUUAUGAAUUUAAAUAUAGUUAUAGUUUAAAUUUAUUCAUUGACUUUAUUCAUAAUGAUUAUUUAUUUCAUUCAACUUUUAAAAAAACUGUAUUCUUCCAUUAUUUUCAUUAAUAUAUGAAAGAAGCAUAAAAAUAAUAUAAAUAAAUUUUCAGCGUGAUAUAAUGUAUUGUAUGUUGAUCAAAAGAUUGCAGAAACACAUCCAGAAACCAAUAUGUGUUUGUUUAAAUAUGAGUUGUUUUGCUACUUGCAGCACUGAUGAUUUGCCUCUAAUAAAAGAGUU